CAACAUAAUUGCGAUACACCAUUGAGUGACGGUCAUAUUUGAAGUAAGCUCAGUCGAACGUGCUGCUAGGCAAUAAAUCAUGUUUCGACACUGCGCUUUUGCCUCCUGAUCUCAUAGCUCUUCCCUCAACAGGCACACUCGUAGGAUGACAUUGGCUGUCGCAGUUUGAAACUGUGCGAGAGCAGGUUUGACUCGAGACGCUGACCCUCAUUUCGGAGUGUGGUCGUAGGAGAUCUCCAGGUUUUUCGAAAAUGCUGGAGAUAGGAGAUGGAACUACCUGCUUCUCGGUGGUUUUCAUCCUGGUUCUACUUAGCACAAGGAGUGUCAUUUGGUCCACUUUAUUAACGGCCUCUCUGUACACGUUCCUGGUGAUGUUCCGAUUUCCUCAACUCCCCCCUAGCCGGGCGAGACAAGUGUUACGGCCGCCGAAGCUCCCAGCCAGCGGGGUCUCUGUGGUGGCUCACCGGGGAGGGGGACACGACGCGCCGGAAAACACUAUCGCAGCUAUACGAGCGGCAAGUGAGAAUGGGGCAACAGGAGUUGAACUGGACCUGGAGUUCACAGCGGAUGGCAUUCCUAUACUAAUGCAUGACGAGUCUGUGGACCGGACCACUAACGGGUCAGGACCACUGAGCAAGCUGAGCUUCUCUGAGCUACGGAAGUUAGAUGCUGCAGCCAAACACCGUCUCAGCGAUAAGUUCCGUGGAGAGAAAGUCCCCACUCUACAGGAGGCUGUGGAAGAAUGCAUCAAACUCCAACUGACCAUCUACUUUGAUGUCAAAGGUCAUCCAGAUGAGUCAGCUUCAGUUUUUAAGGAGCUGUAUAAGAAGCACCCCGUCCUCUACAACACCAGUAUUGUCUGCUCCUUUGAGCCCAAAGUCAUCUACAGGGUGAGACAAGCAGACCCUGAUAUAGUGACAGCAUUAACCCAUCGGCAGUGGAGCUUGAGCCAUUUUGGAGAUGGCGAGCCCCGGUUCCAGUCGUUAUGGAAACACUACUGGACUCAGGUCUUGGAUGUUCUGCUUGACUGGGCGCAUCACCAUGUGCUCUGGAACCUUUGUGGCAUUUCUGCCUUCCUGGUGCAGAAAAACAUGAUCUCACCGGACUACGUGCAGUAUUGGAGAGCACGAGGUGUUGAGCUGGUUGCCUGGACCACCAACGCUGCGGUGGAGAAACAGUACUACCAGGAUCUGCUUAACAUCAACUACAUCACAGACAGUCUGCUGGAGGACUGUGAACCUCACUACUGAAAAGAACAGUGCCAAGAAACAGUAAACCCUCAAUCUGUAGUCAUGACACUCACCCGACCAAGUAUCUUGCAUUGGUUUUAGAUGUGGUUUUGUGGGAUGGAACGUUUUUUUCCACCAGACAAGUACUCUGUUUGCAAUAUAGUUUAUAGCAAAUGCAAGGUACAAAGCAGCUCUUUAAAUUUAUCAAUGAGUGAAUGACUUAUCAUGAAUUUAUCAAUGAAUGAAUGAUUUCAAAUGGUUCUUAUAACCCAAAAUGGCCUUCCAAUGUCAGGAAUUCAGUUUAAGGAAAAUACAAGUACUUUGUUGAAGUAUAUUUGUUGAAAUGUACUGUACAUACUCACUCAGGUGCUGAAAUCUACAGCUGCAGAGAUAUUGUUUAAAUGAUUUAAUUCUUUUUAAUAUGAAUUCAUAUGAAUUCUCAGGCCUCCAUUCAAUCUGUCAUAUCCUAGAGAAUGUAUGGAUUGUCAGGACAAUCCCACUUAAUCUGAAGCAGCACUAGUAGACAAAGUCUGAUGAGGUAAUUCAUACCUUGUAAGGCAGUGAUGAAAGAUAAUUAAUUAAAACAAUAGAUGAAAAAUCUUGUCCGCACAUAUCCUUGUGGAUUUGGGUAUUUGAAUCCAGGUUAUAGGCUACAUUUCUUGUACUACCUUUUCAUUUGCCAGUUAACAGGAUUUUUCAAAGUGCAAUAGGCCUGAGAAUCAGAAAAGUUGUUUUUUGUUUUUGUGGAUUUUGUACAACAAAAUCAAAGUUGCUGCUUGGGAACAUAGGGAUUUAUGUGCUUAAUCCUCAGCGGGAUAUAGGCAGCAUGGAUUUGAACCAUAUUACAACUUCACGGUUAGACCUUGAUUGACUGAAGAGUUUAUGUCUUUCCUGUCAGUUUCAGAAACACAUACAGUAACUGGUCACAGAUGUUGUCAUUCAAUGAAUAGAGAGUAAUUUAUUUGAUGUAUCCUUACAGUUUUAAUGUACUUACACAGUGUGAUAACAAUUAUCAUAGCAUAAAUUGACAUUUUUUUCAGUUGUUUGACCCUCAUGGUUCUGUGAGCAUGAAAAGUAGAAUAUUAGUCAUAAGAUCAAAAACGGAGGGAGGGGGCAGUAAGUAAAUAAAAAGCAUUUUUAUGGAUGUUGUUAAAUUAUUAGGCAGCUCGUAAAUUCAGCUUUUUAUUACGACCCAGCGGUAACAACCGAAGAGUGAAAGAAGUGCUGAAUCACACUUGAUUAAAAUAUCACACAGUGGGAACAUUU